GACCGAAGUGUUUGUCACAUGAGAGCGAUACCUGGGCGGCUGCUUCCCAUUUUAGAGGGCCGGCUGGGAUCGCCUGUAGGCUCCGCCCGCUCCAGCUGCACAGAUGCUAGUCGGCUCGAGGGUCUACGUGCGAGCACAUGCUCCGUGACCUCGUUUGAGUCGGAGGAAACGGCCUACGAGCUGCUGCACAAAGAGCAGGGCUUUGAGGCGUUCAGGUCCUGGUACUUGCAGCAGCUGCAGCACAGCGAGUGCCGCCCAGAUCUGGGCCUCUUCUUCCCACAGGCCUCCGCAUUUCCUGGUACGGUACACGAGUAUGC